UCUCCCAGCCCGCAGCUGCGUCGCUCUUUGAAACCACCACCUCCCCCUUCGUUAAAUGAUGUAGCUUCAAACGAACCAGACAUAAAGCGUCCUCGUACAAAUGCCGAAAUUCCUUCACCAGCUUCAGUUUUAUCAUCAGAGAUUCCUCAGUUUAGUGGAGAUUCCUUGGUUCGCCAGCCGGUUGCUGGUCCAUCUCAGACUGAGAUUGAUGAAGAAGAAGAUGGUCUUCCGACCACUGUUGGAGCAAGCGAAGUGAAUGAAUCCACCAUUCGUCGUCUGGCCCUUCUACUCGAAAAGCGUGCCUUGGCUAACCAAGAAGCUCGAACAAAGUUUCCAGAUCAACCAAAGCGCUUUAUGCAGUCGGAAGUGGACCUCCAGGAAACCUUAGAGGAAAUGCAAGUAAGUGCGGCAUUUCUAUUUCGGCUCGGCUUUGUCUUUCCAUCGUCUCAUUUUCCAAUUAAUUACUCAAAAUUCAAACAGAAAUUGGCCUUGUUUUUUUUAUCAAGUCAGUGUUUUGUUCCCAUCCUUGAAUCAAAUAAUACGUAA